AUUUAAGCUAAAAUUCUUUCAUAAUAGUUAUUAAUACCUUUGGUAAAUUUGUUUUAAAUCAAUACUUCUAAACAUUAAUGAAUGGUCCGCAUCAGAUAUUACAAUAUGUCAAUGUAUGUAUUUAUAUGUAUACAAAAUAAUAAAUUUACAAUGUACCCGUUUGUCACGCGUUUGUUAAUGUAUUUCAUAAGUAUUUUAUAAUAGGAAUAAUCAGAAAGAUUCGUUUAAUCAAGUGUAGGACAUUUGAAUCUAAAUACAUAUACAGUUAGCUUGCAUCAUUGUCCAUUAUGUACAAUAGUAUAGACUCUCUACUAUGGAUAAUUUGUUAUAAAAAUCAAAAAUUGAUAUAAUUACAAUUGUUAAUAAUAAACAAUUGUGAAAAUUUUAAGAUAUCCUAAAAGCAAGGAUCAAAUUUUUAUUUUAUAGAAUUUCCGAUCAACUUAAGACAAAGAAGUUUUUAAGAAGGAAAAGGACGAUUUUUCAUUUUAGUACAAUUUAUAAUUGAAAAAUACAAAGUUUUUAGGUAUCGAAAUGCAUGAUUGCAACAAGAGAUAAUAAUAAAUAUUAAAACGGAAUUAAUUUGAUAAAUUUAGUAAUGUUCUAUUUAUAUUCUAAAGAACAAUGGACAAGCGUAAAGCUCAGGAUAGUCUGAAUUCUCCCUCCAAUCAUCCCUUGUGCAAAAUCAAUAUUUCUAGCAAGAGGGUGAGAGAAACGGAUGGGACUGUAGGUAUCCGCGAAUUGGAGAAGGGGUGCUAAUCGGACUACACUAUAAGCAAAGCCUGUUGCUGCAGUCACAUUUCAAAAUCCGAUGUUGCGAUAAGUUGUCGUUCGAAUAAAAAAAAAUUCGAUUGUGUGUUAACAGGAUUUAAGUAUCAGAAAAAAGUUAGUGAUGUGCUGUGAAUUUCAAUCCAAAGAUUAUGGAUAAGCUGACUAAUUGGACCCGUGGUAUAAAUAUAUCAUUAUCAACACCAAUACCUGGGCAAAAUUGUGUCUCAAACUUGUCAACACCUUCAAUUUUAGACAAAUUACUAAUCAUUACUCCAUCAAUCACAUCAAUACAUCAAGAGCUAAAAUGGAUUUUUCUUUUACAUACAUAUGGUUUUGCCUGCCUCUUCUUUGUACUUGCAUUUUACACAUUUUUAUCUAUUCUACACUUAAGGUCUCUUAUAUCAAGCCGGCCUUUUAUGUCUACAAUUAAUAUGUUUUUAUGUAUACUUGGAGCAUCAAGAGCAGCAUGCCUUUUCAUAGAUCCAUAUAAUUUUAAAAACAUUAUGCCCAAAAUUAUUGGUUCCAUUAUCUGGGAUGUUGGAUUUCCAUGUGUAACAUCUGCCUUUAGUCUCAUACAACUGGCUUUUCUGCAAUUAACUCAGCUUAAAUUUGGACCAGAGAAGAUUCAAAAAGAAUCUUGUCUCAGUUUAAUCAUAACAGGGCACUUUUUUUUUGUAAUUGCUAGUGACGUUGCUCUUACCUCCCAUAAUUGUUAUAUAGUAAAGUAUGUGGUCCAAACAGUGUUCCUUAUCUGGAGUAUUUUAUUGUACUUAACAUUUCUACAUGCAGGAUAUAAGAUAAUUCAUUUAUUGCAAUCUGUGCCAAGUAGUAUGUUAAUGAGAGAUAAUUCUAAUACACAUCAAAAAGGUAUUAUGCAAUUGGCAAUGUUAGCUCCUUAUAAUAACUUGGCAUCAUCUGUUGCCACUGCCUUAGUACCUACUUUGCUCAAUCCCAAAAUUAAAGAUGCUGAAAUAAUAGAACCUGCAACCCUUACAAAUGAUUUGGACAAAAAUCCUAAAGGUAAAAGAGAGAUGAAAAUGUAUAGGCAUAGAAGCAAUAUAUUUUUAAACUUCUUUUAUUUUAAUAUCAUAGAUCAACCUAUGAAAAUAACAGAAAAAGAGGAACAGGUUCAAAAGGAAUGUGACAAAUCCCCUGGUAAAAGUAUGUCAUCCCAAGAUGACAAAACAAUUCCCAAGUCGACUGUACCAGAAGUAUAUGUUAGACCCCCGACACCUACGCCAUCAGCAACAAAUUUACCUAUAAUAACAGUAUCUAGUCCAAGCCGUAGAAGUUCAGUAGCUAGUAGACGAAACAGUGAUGCGUCUAGAUCCUCUCGUAGAAAUUCAGAGUGUAGUGUUAGAUUUAUAAAUGAAGAGGAUGGUUUCACAUCGGAAUGUCGACGCAAUUCUGACUUUAGUCCUAAACAUUCACCCGAGAUUGAUAGAAGACGAUCUCCGGACAAGAUGUCUCGAAGAUAUUCUGAAAAUGUGACACCUUUAGGAAAUAUUAGAGAUUUAAGACGAUGUUCUGAUUUUUCACAUGAAAAGAAUAGAAGUUCUCAAUUUGCUGCAAAAUUAAAAAGGAAUAGCGAUUUUGGGAAUAGAACACCUAGGCGAAUGUUACCUCCAACCGAUCUUCAUAAAUUGCCAAAAGUCGUGGACCUAAGUCCUACAGGUUCAAGACGUAAUUCUGAUGUUAGCGGUUUUACUUCCCGAACUGAGAUACGUAGAAAUUCAGAUAUUUCCUUUCGACGUAAUUCGGAACUUGUUCAAGUCAAGCCACUGGAUUUAAAUCGUCGAAGUAGUGAUAUUAGUAUUAGAAGCUUGAGUAGAAGUCCAACUCACGGUCGUAGCAUAGUUCCUGAAAAAAUAGAGAUACAAGAAAAAUCUGAAUCUGAUUCGGAUCAACCCGAUUGUAGUGAAAAAGCAGCUCUAAUGACAGAAAAAAGUAAAGAUAAAGACGAUGAUGGAAAAUUACGAAAGAAAAAUUUAUCUUGGAAAAAUGAAAAAGAGAAAGAAGAUGUUGAAGAUAUAACGGUCGAAACUAAUUUGCUUCCCGAAAAUACUAAAGUCGACGGAAAAGUUGGGAAUAGCGAUUUUACGCUUCAUUCAAUAUUAAAUCAUAUUGCGUAUGUCAAUAGGACUAAAUCCGAUACGCCUUUACAUAUGUUGGAAGAAAAUACAGCGGCAGUUAGGAGAUCGCAAAUUCGAAAAGUAUUAAAUGUAACAUAUGCAACUGCGGUUUUAGGAAUCAUUUUAUGCAUUACAGACGUAGCACGUAUUUUUGGGCCAUACGGUCUCUUAGCUGAGACUACGAAACAUGGUAUGCAGCUAAUCGUCACACAGUAUCCCAGACCAUGGCCUUGGUUUAUAUAUCAAACUUUGUGCAGAGGUUUAGAACUAAUCAUGGGUUGGGCAAUGGCGAGUAUUACAAAACAACCAUCAGUAAGCCCACGACAUCAAUAUCUAGGCAGUUAUCCUAAUUAUAACAUACAUGUGAAAAGAGUUUUACAAUUAUUCAAUAUUCAAAUAAGGAAAUCUUAUUUGUUCAUAAUAUUAUAAUGAAGAAGAAAAGAACAAAUAAUUACAAAAAUACAAUAUAAAUUUAAAUGUAAUUAAUAAAAAAAGCAAAAAGAGAUAAAAGACAGUUAAAAUAUUCUUUAAAUGAAUAUAGCAAUAGAUCAGUAUGUUGUCUCAAACAUGAAUGUGUGUUCUAAUAACUUAUAUAUAAAAGUACAUAUACUACAUUUCUAAAGAGAAAUUUUACACAGGAAAUAUUCUUCUAAAGAAUAUAUCUUAAUUGAAAAAUAUUUCUAUUUUUCAGAUUAGAUUAGUUUUUAAAUAUAUUAUUUUGAUAAUGUUUUCAGUUCCCUUUAUUUUAAUUGGAAGCAAAAUAUUUUACAAUUUAAUGAAAUAAUGAAUCUUUAGAAAAGAGCUACUGUUUCCUAAAAGAAAUACCUGAUAUCUGUAUAUAACAAAAUAUUGUAUUAGUAGACAAAUCACUCAUAAAUAAGAAGAUUUUAUUCUACAUUUAUUGCACCAAUUGAUAAUUAAUAGUAAUGACAAUUCAAGUUUAAAGUGCCCUACUAUUGAAUGUUUAACAAAAACUCUUUGUAACUGAUAUAUAAUCAAUCUAUCUGCAAAUGCAAAUCGUAACAGUGUUGUGAUCCUACAUGUGAUAUACAAUCGUGUCUAGAAUAGGAGACCAUUUUACGCUUAUGUAAGUGCCAUAUAACAAUGCAACAAACUACUUAUGAGAUAAGAGACUGGUAAAUUUUGUUACUUAUUAUUUAGUAUUUUAUUUUAAAAAAGUUCUUUGCAAGCUUCUGCAAAAAUGUUAUGUUUUCUUGAAUUAAAUAAUUUUCAUAACCAAGGUUCAUGUAAGUAAUAACAGGUAUUACUUGAUAGCGUAACCAUACUAUGAAAUUAUAACAAUAUUAUAUUAAUAUAUUUUUAUAUUCUUAAUAACAUUAAUUGUCAUGAAAUAUUGAAAUUAUUACUCAAGAAUAUGUGACUCCAUCAUCUCAAUGAAAAUAAUGUGUGUGUGUGUGUAUGUUUUGCGUGCGUGCGUGCGCGUGCGUGAAAAAAAAGGAGAAUGGAUAGAGAGAAAAUAAUUUAUAUAUGGAUUUUGAUAUGUGAUAUAUAAGCUCAAAACUUUUGUGUUAUAUAAUGCAAUGAUUAUUCUUUCUAUUUUGUUUAUAUUAUUAAAAUCUAAAUUUGAGGAAUCAAAUAUAUUCAAAUUAUUAAUAGCAUAUUAUUAUAAAGUAUGAAAUAUAAAGCAUUAUGAAAUAUGGAGCAAAAUAGAUAAUUAU